AUCUUCCGUUUUUGUCAUCGUAACCUUCGUGCAACAUUGACGUGGCGGUUGCAUUCCCCAAAACCUUUUAGACCUUGAAAAAUGGAGCAGCGGCACGACGGCGGCAAGAAGCCGCUGGGUGGUCUGUCGCCUCGCGGACUGCUGAAGCGUGGAUGGAAUGGCGUCACGAGUCCGCUAAAUGCGCUCAAAGACUCGGUAGUCGCGGCGGCAACGCCCCGCUCCGUGGCCGCGACGCCUACGAGCCGCAUGACACUGCCCAGUCCUACAGAGUAUCCAAGUCUUUUCGACGUGCGGGGCCCAAGUUCCACGCGUUCGGCCGAUGGAGCGACUGUAUUCAGUCAUAAGCAUGAGAUCGAGGCACGUAUGCCACAGUCGGCACGUGAAAGCAGCAGCAGCACGAGGACCGGAUCAUGGGGCAGUUCUGGGCGGACAGGUUCGAGCAGUGGAGGAUGGCCAGAGGAGAGGUUGAAUGAUGCUCAAGGGGAGGAGGAGCGUGCGUAUCUGUCCGUCUGUCAUCAUAAUCUGCACUCAGUUUUGACCAAUCCUAAGGUUAAUAAUUGGGGUGGUGCGCUGCUCGACGCUUUCUAUCCAACACUGGAUGUCGACAUUACUUUGGCACCGUUCCCAGGGCUUGCAGACGUAUCGACACGUGACUUUCAACCGUACCUCCGCCAGUUUGGUACAAACGCAGCCAAAUACGAAGAGAAUCACGCGAAGCCAGUCAGUGAACAGCUCUCGUCAAGCAACGUGCCAUCGAUCUCCGUCGCGGAUGAGGAUGUAACCAAGUGUCUAGAUGUCGUACCCAACUUGUUCUUUCGACCAGAUUUCGACUUGACCGAUCCGAACACGUUUGAAGAGGUUAUGAAUAUGCCAAACGCUACAUCGCUUCAAGAAGAGCUGACGACAUAUCUGGAUCGCGUCGAGUUUACACUGCUUCGUCAAGUAUCAUCUCGAUCAGACCGAUUUUUCGAGGCAUCAGCAGACCAGGAAGUUAUGAAGCAGUCGAUUAAAGUUGCUUGUGACCAAGUGGCAACGCUAAGGAAGACGAUGGAUCGAUUGCGAAGCCUUCUCGCUGACAAAACCCUUGAUAUUGUGAGCUUGCACCGACGACAGAAGCGUAUCAAGGAGCUUCAUGAUUUAGUGACGAUGGUGGAGGAAGUCAAGAGUGCUGAGUCCGCUGUUGAGGCGUUGGUACAGUGUCAAGAUUACACAAACGCAUUAAACCUGAUUGAGAGCUCACAAACACUUCUGCGGGAGCAUUUGCAAGGCAUUCACGGACUUAGCUCGCUUAAUGAGAAGUUUCGUGGUUAUCAUGGCUUUAUUAGCACACAAAUAUCGCAGCGCUUCAUCUCGGUCAUUACGUCUCCCGAGUGGACAUUUCAAGAUGAGGAGGAGUCAGCUUACUCUAACAAAAAGAGACAGAACAGCCUCGGUGACGAAAAAGACACGGUGCAACAGGAAACGAAACGUCUCGUGGAUGUACUUUUCCGCUUGGAUGCUCUUGAAGAUACUGUGAAGACAUAUCUCGAUCAGCUUAAUGAAGAGAUCCGCGUUGUCGUGAAAACGGUAGUGACUGAAACAAUUGCGGUAUCAAGCAGCAGCAAGAACAGCAGUGGCUCUGAUGCUGGAGCGUCUUCCGGGAGUGAAUCGAAAGUUUCGAUUCAGCUGCGAGCGUUGACGUCGGACGAAUUUCUUCAGUGUGUGCAGAUGAUCUUUGAGCAUUUGCUCAUGGUUUUGAAGCGUGCUGUAGUGGUGCAGGGCAUUCUUGUAAAGUCCAUGCAGACGAAAAUCAACGAAGCUACAGAAGAGGAGAACCGACUCAAGGCUGCUGCGGGUAAUGAAGGCAAGAGUAGCAGUACAGAAGGUUCAAAGACUGGAGAAGGCGCUUCACCAGAGGGCUGGUCACCAUCUGGAAAUGCCAGUGACGAGCAGAAGACACUUGGUGAUUGGAAGAAGAAAACGCGGUGUGCUAAAGUGAUUCGAGAAAUCGACGAAGUUGUGCGAAAGACGUGCGAGUUCUCGCAACGCAGCGUAUCGAACCUGUUUGCCGUAAGAAAAGAAGUCCAAGCUGUCUACACUAUGCCUCAACUGCGGAAGUUGUACGACACUACCAUGGAUUUCGUCGUUAGCCUAGAAAAGCUGACGGGCAAGACCGAUUACACUCUCCGUGGUGCUCUUUUCUCUCAGCUAAAGUUGUUCCUGGAGAAGUACCACCAAACACAAGUGACGAAAUUGGUGUCAACCUUAGAUCACGAGCUGUGGAAAAACACGGAAAUCUCAGAAACAAGGCAUAAAUCCCUUGACGAUCUUUCUAGUGGACGGGGUGUUGCGCUUCUUCUUUCUGACGACCGUGAAAUUGCUGGAGAAACAGCACCACCGCGCAAGAUGGUGUCCAUUUGUGGCAAAUCGUUCCGAGUUGUAUGGUCAGUUCUUCUCAUGUUGGAGAUCGUGAUGAACUAUAUGUCGUGUGCCGCCAAUUUCCCUGUGUUAGCUACCGAUGUGCUUCAGCGAUCCAUCGAGAUUUUCCGGGUUCGUUGUUUGCAUAUCGAUAUGAUUUCAAGAUUGUCACAAAAACUCAUUUACGUAAGUAUGCCUUGCGAUGUAGCUAUUUAACUCACGAACGACUCAGCUGGUACUCGGCGCUGGCGCAAUGCAAAUUGCCCGCCUCAAGAGCAUUUCAGCUCGGCACUUAGCUCUGGCUUCCCAGUCCUUGGAGUUGUCCAUGACUCUAAUCCCCCACAUCAAGGCUGCCCUAGCUGCACAUUUCACUGAUCGUCAGAAACUGCUGUUAGACGAGUUUGACCGCGUCCUGCGAGACUACGCGGAACACAACGAAAAGAUAUUUAGCAAGUUCACAAGCAUCGUAGAGGAUCAGAUCAUGAAGCGCUUUUUGGAGAAUGUUGCAACGGAGGUUGACUACGACUCCACCAGUCUCUCCGUUCCGACAAAUCCGAUGCGCGGCAUAACGCAGAGCACGCUAAAGCUUCAUGGAGUGCUACAUCCCGUCCUGUCCCCGCCACAGAUGAAGGACGUGAUGUCGCGCGUGUUCGACAUGUUCACACAGAAGUUGCCCGAGUGCUUCAAGUUGGUGCAACCACGAACGGCAGCAGGCAAGGAACGGUAUGUUGUAGCAGUCUUCUCUCUGUUCCGUGCACACUAUUUUAACGUAAUACCUGGCGUUGUGUCUUUAGAGUUGUGAAUGAUAUCGAAGUGUUCGUACAGAGCUUCAAAGAGGUGACCGAGUUAACUUUUGACGGGAGCGCCCUCUUGAAGCAUUUCAAGAACGCUUACAACGUGUCCUAGAGCAACCAAGCAGUGCAAUAAUAUUUGCAUUUUCACCACAAAAAAGUUGACCAAAACUCAGUCAAUAGUGGCAAAACUGCAAGGUCCCGCGCGUGGCAGGAAAAUAUUUGUUACGGGUUGGCUAGUUGGAUCCGUUGGUUGUGUCGACGGCCAUCAUGAGCGUGAUGGUAUCGCCCUUGAGCAGGAUGCGGCCUAGCGGUGUGCGUUUAAGGUUCUUCACGUCCAGCUCCUCAGCGUCGUCUAGCACCAGGUUCAUGUACUCAUCAAAGCCCAUGAUGCGACCCUCGAUCCGCGUGUUGACCUGCUCGUAAAGCCACACCUGGAUGCGAGAUUUCUGUGGACAUCCAACAGCAUUUCAUUAGACGGUAGUUUCACAACAGAAAGAUAAUGCAAUCCAAGCACGUACAUUCUGCAGGAAUCUGAACAUCAGA